GAAGCAAGGCGGUGCUACACUUGAGCAGAGAGGGUUCAUAUCCCACACGGCAGCACAUAUAUACACUCCUCAACCAGGGGUGAAGCUCUGCCUGCACCACAGUCCCUCCUUCAACACACUGGCAGGAGUUUGCAGCGCUCAGCAGCAUGGAAGUAACCAAAGGAGAGGACCCCUCGGCUGAACAGGCUGCGUCUUUGUUUGGGCCACCAGAGCUGGAGAGUCAAAGGACUAACGCUGAACGGGGAAAGAAGAGGAAUAACCACUGUAAAAUCAUCACUGGGGUUCUGCUGCUGUGCUUACUGGUGGUCAUUCUGGCUGUGGUGCUGUCACGGAGAAAGAGCAGUGAUGGAAAAGCUGAAGGUGAGCUCUGGCUGCAGGCAGCAGAUGAGGGAAUUCAACAGCCACAGUGUCCACCUGGUUUCUCCAGGCCUCCUCUCAUCCUGGUGUCCUUGGACGGUUUCAGGGCGGAGUACCUGAAAGAUCACAGCAGCCACCUUCCUGUCAUCAACAAGUUACGAAAUGACGGAACAACGACGCCAUACAUGAGGCCUGUUUAUCCCACAAAGACCUUUCCCAACCACUACAGCAUCGUGACUGGUCUUUAUCCUGAAUCUCAUGGGAUUGUGGACAACAAGAUGUACGAUGUGACCCAAAACGCUUUCUUCAGCUUGAGAUCUGAAGAGAAAAAUAACCCAAAAUGGUACCAAGGACAGCCACUCUGGAUCACUGCCAUGCGUCAGAAACUAAAAGCAGGAACCUUCUUCUGGCCUGGCUCAGAUGUAAGAAUCAAUGGCACUUUCCCAGACUUAUACAAGUCGUAUGACAGGAGCAUUACUUUUGAGCAGAGAGUGUCGACGCUAUUUGAAUGGCUCAGUUUACCUCAGGGAGAAAGACCUGACUUCUACACUUUGUACCUGGAGGAACCUGACUCAUCAGGACAUCGUUAUGGACCAGCGAGCAGCCAGGUCCUUCAGGCCUUGGAAAAUGUGGACAAGAUUGUGGGCAUGCUGAUGGAUGGCCUGACACAGAGAGACCUGCACCACUGUGUCAACAUCAUCAUCAUAUCAGACCACGGCAUGGAGGAGGCUUCAUGUGAAAAGGCAGCAUAUGUGUCAACCUACUUGAACAAAACUGAUGGCUUUGCUGUCAUCCAAGGCGCGGCUCCUCGCAUCCGACCAAGUCGCCUCCCAGAGGAUUUCUUUUCCUUUGACUAUGAGGGUCUGAUGAAGAACCUGUCGUGCAGGACCGAUGACCAGCCAAUGAGGCCGUACCUCAAAGAAAAUCUCCCCAAAAGGAUGCACUUUGCUAACAACAAACGCAUAGAGAGAGGACACCUCUAUAUGAAGAAUGGGUGGCAGGGUGCGCUUAAUCGACAGGAACUCAAGUACUGCACCGGUGGAUUCCACGGCUCAGAUAACCUUUUCCCCAACAUGCAGGCGAUCUUCAUCGGCUACGGUCCAGGAUUGAAAGCAAACACUGUUGUGCCUCCUUUUGAAAACAUUGAAAUAUAUAACCUCGUGUGUGAUCUUCUCGGUAUUCGUCCCGCUCCAAACAACGGCACUCAUGGCAGUCUGAACCACCUUCUGAAGAAUCCCGUCCACCUGCCAUUCCACCCAGCGCAGCUCUCCCAUGACACCCCCUGUGAGGCCAGUGACCCAGUCCCUGCAAACGAUCUGAAUUGCACCUGUACAUCCCAGAACAAGGCAGCGGAGACCAAUAUGAACAGGGAUCUCGUGACAACUAAUACCAGUGUCAAAGCCACUUUACGUCGCCUCCACCAACCCUUUGGUACCCCUCGAGUCGUCCAACCAGGCGCCACCUUUUGUCUCCUCCACCAAUCCAACUACCUCAGCGGAUACAGCAAAGACCGCCUCAUGCCCCUGUGGGUGUCGUACACCAUCCAGCCUCUGACCAGAGUCCGACCCCUGAGCCCAGAAUUGGAGGAGUGUGUUCGUGCUGACGUACGCAUCCCACCGGCCACCAGCCAGCUGUGUCUGCGCUACAGAAACAACUCCACUCUGUCCUUCGGCCUGCUGCAUCCCCCCAAUCUGAGUGCCAACGGACCCGAGACAGACUCUCUAAUCACGAGCAACAUGGCCCCAAUGUUCCCUGCAUUUAAAGCUGUUUGGAUCCAUGUCCAUGAUGUCCUUCUUCCAAAAUAUUCACAACAGCUGAACGGAGUUAACGUCAUGAGUGGGCCGAUAUUUGAUGAAGACUAUGAUGGAAACGUUGAUGCGCUCAAAGCAAUCUCAAGGAAUGAAGCUCCCAUCCCGACACAUUUCUUCGUGAUCCUGACCAGCUGUGGGAACUCGACCUUCGGCCCUGUUGACUGCGAGGGUCCCCUGCAGGCCAAGUCCUUCAUCCUGCCCCACAGACCCGACCACACUGAGAGCUGUGCUAACGGGUCAGACGUGACGUGGGUGGAAGAUUGGCUGCAGUUUCACACAGCACGAGUCCGAGACAUCGAGCUCCUGGCAGGACUCAGCUUCUACCACGACAGGUUAUCAGUGGAAGAGACGCUACAGCUCAAGACGUUGCUGCAGACUGCGUGAAAUCUCAGACAUUAUCAAAUGGAAGCCAUAUUGGUCUGCACCACAGGCCUCAGUCCACAUGGACACAGUUAACGGUUGCCUCACUUGUUUCCUGUGUCCAAACCAAAUUGAGCACAACAUUAAGUUCCAUCUGGGUUUUUUGUGAUAUGUCCGAUUCCCCCAAAAGUGUAUAAUUAGUCAAUGUGUGAUAGCUGUAUAUUUGUUUUUUAUGGAUGAUUUUGUAGCUUUAGAGCUCUGCAGCACUGAACCAAAGACGGCGUCACAUCUGCUGAGUGGCUCCAAAGUAUUUCCUCGGAUGGGAACAAAAUAAAAGGGAAAAUAAUUAUUGAUGAAAGACGCAUCUAUUUAUACGACAAUUGCUUUUAUUGGCAUGGGCACAUUAAGAAACACAUGACAAUCUGGAAACAGUUGUGUCUGCUGGCACACAUCUGGACAGCUGCCAGCAGCAGCCUCAAAAGCACCAGAGAAUUUAAGAAAUAGGUUUUUCAAUACAAAAAGAAGCCUGCCAGAUGUCAUUGUAUGUUUAUGGUUGUUAUUUUUGUAUUUUCUUUAUACGUCACCAAUGUUGUUUUUAGUAUUUUGUGAAUGUUUGGUUCGGUUAAUGCCAUUUUGGAGAUAAUUAUACAGUUUUGAGUGUCUGUAGACUGUAUGCGUGGAUGGAUAAUAAGACAGAUUUGCCCCUGGGUGCUGACAAAUGACAAGCCUCUCACCUCUCCUACAUAGGAGCGAUACACCCAGACUGAAAGAGACUAAAUUACUGCAAAACAGUGUGGUUCGUUUUAAGGUUGAGUUGUGUAAUUCUGUGCUUGUUUUCACUUUAAAGUUCUUUCACGCCUUUUUUUUACUUUUUUUUUGUCUCAUUGUAGCCAUUUAUGUCUUUUUUUUGGUCAUUUAGCAUCUCUUCAUGGUCAUUUUGCUUCUAAUGAAAUUCUGCAGGUGAAGCUGCAGAACUGUCAGGUGCAGCUGUUGGUUGAACAACCGCUGCUGAACUUCAGUAUUUAGUUGAUGCUGGAGAUGAGGAGAGCUGUCUGUGCCCAGUAUCAGUAAUCAAUUAUUCAGCCAUGAGUGUUUGUGUGGGUGUGUGUUCUGGGAUCAACGCAAUUUCUGUUCAGUCUUUUUUUCUUUGCGCUUAACAGCGACUGUCUUGAAAUUAAGGUUGGCAGGUAGUUUGAGGAAAAUAAGAAAAGUUCAACAGAUUUUGUCACCUCAAUCAUGUAUUCCAGUAUUCAGAAAUGGCAACUAUACGGUCAGAUGCACAAUUUCAUAUAAAAACUUUUCUCCACUGACCUCGUGACUUGUAUUCUUUAUUCCUUACCCAUUACACAAAGAGAUCAGGGCUGCACAGAA